AGUAUCUGUAGUUGAAUUCCUAUUUUUUUUCUACCCUUGCCUUCUUGUCUGCCAUGGGUAACAUCAUAGGAGAAAGGCCAGGGAAGGAGGGAGAUUGAAGGUGGGAGGGGGAACAAGAGUUGAGAGAGAGAGGUUAUGCAAAAACUGGGAGGGACGGUGGAAAGGAAGGGGGAGGGCAAGAACCAUGUGAGGGGAGGGAGAUCGGAGAGGGGGCCUAGACAAAGUGAAAAUGGAGAUUCAGGUAGCAAAACUUGAGACAGGGGGUGUAAGACUGAUAAUGGAAGAGGAAAGGGAGAGCAGUAAGGCAUCAUAGGAUGAGGGAGCAGACAUGGAUGUUGCGGGGGGCAGCGAGACAUGAGACCGAAGCAAUGAGGGGGCGGUAUCUGAGGAGUGAGAAAGUUUCCAUGCCUAGGGGAUAGAGGACUUUGUUUUGUUCGCUUCCAUCCAUUCUGCGAGAUCCCCUCAAUCCCAGCCUAUCCCAAAUGUGCCCAGGAACAACCUCAGUGCUGAUCAUUCCCCGUUUAUUUUCUUUUGGAACACAAGCCUUUCUGCUGCUUAGAGAGCCUUCCCUGCCUGCGUUGCCAUUGCAUUAGAAGCAGCAGCAGCAGGGCUAUUUGGGAGCCCGAGCACUGUGUCAGGCUGCAGCAGCAGUCACUCAGCACUAAACAAGCGGGGCUGCUCCUAACAGGAGGGGGAGUGGAAUUAGCAUCAUAAAGGUCAAAAGCCCGCCUCCUUAGACGUCACGGCUGUGGGCUUAGAGGAGGAGCGUUCCGUGCUGCGUGUGCUGCUGGAGCUGCGCCCCGUUUGUGUUCUUAUAAUCACUUGGAUUUCCUGUAGCCCCUUAUGGCCUUUACUCGCAUUGUACAUGGUUUGGCUGGUAUCUGAUUGGAGAACUCCAGACAGAGGGGGAAGAAAAUCUGCAUGGAUGAGCAAAUGGAACAUAUGGAAACAUUUUAGAGACUAUUUCCCUAUAAGGCUCCACAAAACAGCAGAUUUGGAUCCGCAGCAAAAUUACAUCUUAGGAUACCACCCUCAUGGAAUCAUGAGCAUUGGAGCCUUCUGUAAUUUUGGCACAGACGGUGCUGAAUUUUCUCACUUGUUUCCUGGACUGAAAUCAUAUCUUACCACUCUAGCGGGGAAUUUUAAGGUGCCUUUUUAUCGAGAUUAUCUACUGGCUGCAGGAAUGUGCUCAGUUACCCAUUCGUCCAUAGACUACCUCCUGUCCCAUCAUGGCACUGGGAAUGCAGUGGUGAUUGUAGUGGGUGGUUCAGCAGAGGCAUUGCAUUGUAACACCCAAAGCCAUAUCCUUACUCUAAAGAACAGAAAGGGCUUUGUGAAAAAGGCUCUUAUUCAUGGCUCAUCCUUGGUUCCUGUGUAUUCAUUUGGAGAGAAUGAGGUUCUUCAUCAAUGCCGCUUUGAAGUGGGAAGUUGGAAACAAAGACUUCAACAGAUGUUCCAACACUGGGUUGGAUUUGCACCCUGUAUUUUCCACGGACAAGGGUUGUUCUCCAGUACUUGCAAAGGAAUAUUGCCCUUCCGGAAGCCCAUCAAUACUGUUGUAGGAAAGCCCGUCCCUGUACCUAAAAUACAGAAGCCUUCGGAGGAGCAAAUACAGAAAUACCAUGCUUUAUAUGUCAACUCUCUACUUGAACUCUUUAAUACGCACAAGGAACGUUUUGGUCUACAGAAAAGCGACUCUCUGAUUCUACUUUAAAAUUGCAUUUUCCUGGUCAGUUGCUUCGAAUUAAUUAAUAUAGUGAUAAGUUGAAAUUCUUCCUUGGAUACUGAACAUUUUUCAAUGUGAUGUUAGAAGCAAUUAAAUUACUUAACUGGAAA